ACGCACGAACUCCCACUCCCCACUCUCCCCUUCCUCGCCCUCGCCGUCCACCACUCCGCCACUCCCCAGAUCCACCUCCCAUGCCGCCUCCCCACCUCCAACCCUAGCCACUCCUGAGCUGCCUCGGGUCCGCCACCGCGCAAAAUGGGACGCCCCAGGCUGCUCAACGCGGGCGGCAUCGACCCCAUCGCCGAGGAGCCGCACCCUCCCCGCGCCGAUGCCGACCCCGGCGGCCUCGCCUGCGCGAUCUCCGCCGAGGCCAGCGCCGUGCUCGCCGUCAUGCGCCGCAGCCUACGCCACCCGCGCGCGGCCGCCGACGACGCGGCCGCCGACCACCCGCUCGUCUCGUCCCUCAAGGCCCUGCGCCGCCUCGUCUUCUCCCCCGCCGCCGCGGCCUCGCCCUCGCUCCCGGCCGCAUCGCUGCGGCCCUUCCUCGACGCCGUGCGCUCCGAGGACGCAGGCGCCGCCGUCACCUCGGCCUCGCUCGCCGCGCUCCACGAGGUCAUGGCGCUCACGGGGCCGUCCCUCCCGGGCUCCGCGCUGCGGGAGGUCGUGGACGCCGUCGCCAGCUGCCGGUUCGAGGCGGGGGCGGAGGCCGCCGCCGAGGAGGCCGUCCUGAUGCGGAUGCUGCAGGCGCUGCUCGCGUGCCUGCGCGCCCCUGCCGCCCCCGCGCUGGGGGACCAGCACGUCUGCACCGCUGUCAACACGUGUUUCCGUGUGGUACACCAGGCCGCCGCCAAGGGCGAGCUCCUGCAGCGGUUCUCGCGCUACGCUAUGCAUGAGCUCGUCCGAUAUAUCUUUGCCCGCCUCCCUCAGAUAGGCAGCGAUGAUGGAGCUGAUGGUACAGCCAUACCAGAGAUGGGUGGCAUGGAUAAGAACCAUCCAUUUGGGAUCAGGGAAAUGGAAAAUGGAAAUGGAAACUAUGCACCUGAGGCAGGUACAUCUGAUGAAAAUUCUGUAGAUGGUAGUGGCCUCAUCGUGGAGCCUUAUGGAAUCCCUUGCAUGGUGGAGAUUUUCCAUUUCCUGUGCUCUCUCCUCAAUGUUGUCGAGCAGAUUGGGUUUGAUGAAGAUCUACCUUUAUUUGCCCUAAAGUUGAUCAAUUCAGCGAUCGAGCUUGGUGGGUCUGCAAUUGGGAAGCAUCCGAAGCUGCUGUCAUUAGUGCAAGAUGAGCUUUUCCGGAACCUAAUGCAGUUUGGAUUAUCAAUAAGCCCACUUAUUCUUUCAAUGGUGUGCAGCAUUGUGUUAAAUCUUUAUCAUCACCUCCGAACUGAACUCAAGAUGCAGCUUGAGGCCUUCUUUUGUUGUAUAAUUCUGAGGCUUGCACAACCCCGAUUUGGAGCAACAUAUCAUCAACAGGAGGUUGCAAUGGAAGCUCUUGUAGACUUCUGUCGACAGAAGAAUUUUAUGGUGGAGAUGUAUGCCAAUCUGGACUGUGACAUAACCUGCAGGAAUGUUUUUGAGGAGCUUGCAAAUCUUCUAUCAAAGAGUGCAUUUCCUAUUAACUGCCCCUUGUCUUCUAUGCACAUUCUUGCUCUGGAAGGCUUGAUUGCUGUGAUUCAGGGAAUGGCUGAUCGGAUUGGGAAUGCAACCUCUCGCCCUGAACUCAGGCCUGUAGAACUUGAUGAAUAUGCCCCUUUCUGGACAGUUAAAUGCGAGAACUUUUUGGAUCCUCAACAUUGGGUGAGAUUUGUCCGUCAGAGGAAGUAUGUCAAGAGGAGGCUAAUGAUCGGUGCUGAUCACUUUAACAGGGACCCAAAGAAAGGUCUGGAGUUCCUUCAAGGCAAUCAUCUGUUGCCUGAGAAGCUUGAUCCUCAGAGUGUAGCUUGUUUUUUCCGCUACACAGCUGGUCUUGAUAAGAAUCUUGUAGGAGAUUUUCUGGGCAAUCAUGAUGAGUUUUGUGUUCAGGUACUUCAUGAGUUUGCACAGACCUUUGACUUCCAGGAGAUGAACUUGGAUACAGCUCUGAGGCUAUUUUUGGAGACAUUUCGGCUGCCUGGAGAAUCUCAGAAGAUACAGAGGGUCCUUGAGGCCUUCUCAGAUAGAUACUAUGAGCAGGCCCCACAAGCUUUUGCAAAUAAGGACACUGCUUUGCUGCUGUCUUACUCAAUUAUAAUGCUGAACACUGAUCAGCAUAACAUGCAGGUGAAGAAGAAGAUGACUGAGGAGGAUUUCAUCAAGAAUAACAGGAACAUAAAUGGUGGUAGUGACCUUCCGCGUGAGAUGUUGUCUGAGCUAUACCAUGCGAUCUGCCGAAAUGAGAUCAAGACCACGCCUGAGCAGGGUAUGGGAUAUUUAGAAAUGUCUCCCAGUCGCUGGAUAGAUCUAAUGCGGAAGUCCAAGUCAACAUCCCCAUAUAUUGUUGGUGAUUCUCAGCCUUUCCUCGACCACGAUAUGUUUGCUAUCAUGUCUGGCCCUACUAUUGCUGCCAUUGCUGUGGUAUUUGAUCAUUCGGAACAUGAAGAAGUUCUGUUGACCUGUGUGGAUGGCUUCUUGGGUAUUGCAAAGAUCUCAGCAUUUCAUCAUCUUGAAGACGUUUUGGAUGAUCUUGUUGUUUCUCUCUGCAAAUUCACCACUCUUUUGAAUACCUCGUUGGUUGAGGAGCCAGUUACUGCCUUUGGAGAUGACCUGAAGGCUAGAUUGGCAACUGAAACAUUGUUUACUAUAGCUAAUAGAUAUGGGGAUUACAUACGUACUGGCUGGAGGAAUGUAUUGGAUUGCAUCCUGAGACUGCAUAAGCUAGGGCUUCUUCCUGCCCGUGUUGCUAGUGAUGCAGCUGAUGAUUCAGAAGUUUAUACUGAAACUGUCCAAGGAAAGCCUGCCCCUAGCUCAAUUUCCACAUCUCAUAUCCCAGUGAUGGGUACGCCUCGGAAAUCCUCUGGACUUAUGGGAAGAUUUAGUCAGCUACUCUCACUUGACAGUGAAGAACCAAGAUCACAACCAACUGAGCAGCAACUCGCUGCCCACCAGAGGACUCUUCAGACAAUCCAGAAAUGCCGCAUUGAUAGUAUAUUUACAGAGAGCAAAUUCUUGCAGCCUGAUUCACUAUUGCAACUUGCUAGAGCAUUAAUAUGGGCUGCAGGCCGGCCUCAAAAGGUGGCCAGCUCGCCAGAUGAUGAGGACACAGCAGUAUUCUGCUUGGAACUGCUGAUUGCCAUUACACUUAACAACCGAGAUCGAAUUGUGCUCCUCUGGCAAGGUGUAUAUGAGCAUAUUGCCAACAUAGUUCAGUCCACAGUCAUGCCAUGUGCUCUUGUGGAGAAAGCUAUUUUUGGACUUCUGCGGAUAUGCCAGAGGUUACUUCCAUACAAAGAGAACCUUGCUGAUGAGUUGCUGAGGUCAUUGCAAUUAGUUCUCAAGCUCGAUGCACGAGUAGCAGAUGCAUACUGUGAGAACAUUACACAGGAGGUUGCACGCCUUGUCAAAGCAAAUGCUGGACACAUAAAAUCACAGAUGGGUUGGAGAACUGUAGUGUUGCUGCUCUCCAUUACAGCUCGCCACCCUGAUGCUUCAGGAGUAGGCUUCGAGGCUAUCAUGUUUAUCAUGUCAGAGGGGCACCUUUCAAAAUCAAAUUAUGCCAUCUGCAUUGAAGCGUCACGACAGUUUGCUGAAUCCAGGGUUGGUCUGACAGACAGAUCCAUCCGUGCCCUAGAUUUGAUGGCUGACUCUGCCAUUAAUCUUGCCCGGUGGUCACAAGAUACGAAAGGGUCAGGUGAGGAAGCUGAUAAAGGAUCGGAAGCAAUCAGGGAGAUGUGGCUCAAACUGCUGCAAGCACUGAAAAAGUUGAGCUUGGAUCAGAGGGAGGAAGUGCGAAAUCAUGCAUUAAUUUCACUCCAGCGAUGCCUCACAGCAACUGAAGGGAUAUGCCUCCAGUCCACCACAUGGUCACAUGCUUUCGAUCUUGUCAUAUUUGCCUUGCUGGAUGACUUGCUGGAAAUUGGCCAGAAUCACUCGCAAAAGGAUUACAGGAACAUGGAAGGAUCCCUUGUGCUUGGCAUGAAACUAGUAGUGAAGGUCUAUCUUCAACUAUUACCGGAUCUCUUCGGACUGAGCAGCUUCUGCAAAUUGUGGCUUGGAGUCCUUAGUCGAAUGGAGAAGUACAUCAAGAUCAAGGUCCGAGGUAAGCGAAGUGACAAACUUCAAGAACUGAUUCCGGAUCUUCUCAGGAGCAUCCUAGCUGCGAUGAAGAGCCAGGGAAUCCUUGCGAAGAGGAGUACAAUAGGGGGUGACAGCUUGUGGGAGCUGACAUGGCUUCAUGUGAAUAACAUCUCGACUGGCUUGCAGUCUGAAGUUUUCCCAAGCCAGGAGUAUGAGCAGCCGAACAAUGUUGGUAGCCCGAGAGGGCUCAACGAUGCUGAGACUAAGAACUAGAGGUUCAGGUGUUUUUGUCUAAUAGUCCGGUGUGCUGUGGCAUGUGAAAGUUUGACCUGCGUGUUUGCUAAUCCAUUGAAACGUAAGGUUUUGAUAUUGUAACUGCAUUUCGCCUCCAUUGUAAGUUUUUAUUGUAUGUAUUUAUUCUGGCGAGCUCAAAGACCAGUCAGUCCUUGCUCAGAGUUGCUGUCGUUCUGUAAAACUGUGACAGCAAUGUGACCAGAUUGACAUGUCCGAACCGCUAACCUGUGGAGUUGUCAUUUUUUUCAUACACGUAUCCAGCACUAAAAUGCUGUUGUUUCGCAAGAGAAGGAUUCAUAUUACUAUUAUUUCGAGA